AGGCUCCGCAGCCCGUCCCCCCCCCCCAUAGAGAGCGGGCGCGGGGCGCCGAGAAUGCGCCGGGCCGGCGCCGAGUGGGGCCAUGGCGCAGACCUGCGGCAUCAGCCCCGACGACCUCCGCGUGCGGGAGGGCGAGUACCCGGAGGGCGAGGCCCCGCUGGAGUCGGGUUGGACCUUCUGGUACGACAAAAAGACCUCCGAUAAGAAGGAGAGCGACCAGUACAUGGAGGGGCUGAAGCAGCUUGGCAGUUUCAACACGAUCCAGGGCUUCUACCGCCACUACUCGCACCUGCACAGGCCUAGCGAGUUCCCCCGCGACCACAACUUGUACCUCUUCCGCAAGGGGUACAAGCCGAUGUGGGAGGAGUUUCCAGAGGGCGGCUGCUGGAUCAUCCGCAUCAAGCGCAAGGCUACCCAGGGCUACGUGAACCAUAUGUGGGAGAACCUCUUGCUCGCCUGCAUCGGGGAGGACUUCGAGCUCCCCGACGUGGUCGGCAUCGUGCUCUCAACGCGCCUGAAGGACGACGUGCUGUCCGUCUGGAACCUGACCAACCGAGACACGCCCGCCCGGUUCCGCAUCGGCGAGAAGCUCAAGGAGAUCCUGGACCUUGACAUGCACGCGCUCAUCCAGUACAAGGAACACAUGCAGAGCCUGCAGGACUACUCCACGUACCGGAACGCGAAAAACUACAUGUUCGCCCCGUCGCCGACCACCACUCCGAUGCAGGGCGCGCUCGAAACGCCCCUGAACACGCACGCCUCGCCGCCCAUGGGCACGCACGACAGCGACUUCGACCAGGGCAUGCUGCCCCCCGCGGCCAUCGACGAGAUGCCGCUCCUCCCCGCCGCGGCCGUGGACAGCGACGCCGGCGGCUUCUCCGAGGUGGGCUGGCCGAUGUCUGGCGGCGCGGCGAGGUCUCCCGCCGUCGGCCCGGCGGCGUCGCCGCCCCUGGCGGCCGCGCCCUCGCCGG